AUGUCUUGUCCGUCACAGCAGAUCUACGGGUUUGGGCCAGGGGUGUUCAUGAUCUGGUGCUUAUUUUCACCCAACUGCCUCCAUCCGCCCACAAGUGUCAAGGGUCCGCAAAACUCCACUGACACAGCCGCAAACCCGUCGAACCCAUCUGUCGAGUAAACAGGUUGAUCAAUUUUGGAUGGAUCGAUACGCGGGGGAUCUCCCCGUGUAUACGGGGAAUUCACUCAUAGCGCUGUAUGGUGCAAAGAUCUAUGCCAAAAACUCGCCGGGUCUAGCAAAUAUUUCCGACCUGUCCAGGCAUGAAGCUGGUCAAGCAGAC